AUGGCGGCGCCGACAUCACCGUACAAGCCGAAGAGGAUCCUAAUCACGGGCGCGGCGGGGUUCAUCGCGUCCCACGUGGCGAUCCGCAUCGUGCAGAAGUACCCGGAGUACAAGGUGGUGGUGCUGGACAAGCUGGACUACUGCUCCAACCUCAAGAACCUGCUCCCCGUGAGCAGCUACCCCAACUUCAAGUUCGUCAAGGGCGACAUCGCCAGCGCCGACCUCGUGAGCUUCAUCCUGGCCACCGAGGGCAUCGACACCGUGAUGCACUUCGCCGCCCAGACCCACGUGGACAACUCCUUCGGCAACUCCUUCGAGUUCACCAAGAACAACAUCUACGGCACCCACGUCCUGCUCGAGUCCUGCCGGAUGGCCGACGCGGGGCAGAUCCGGCGCUUCAUCCACGUCAGCACCGACGAGGUGUACGGCGAGACGGACGGCGACGCGGUGGUGGGCAACCACGAGGCGUCGCAGCUGCUGCCGACGAACCCGUACGCGGCCACCAAGGCAGGGGCGGAGAUGCUGGUGAUGGCGUACGGGCGGAGCUAUGGCCUCCCCGUGAUCACCACGCGCGGGAACAACGUGUACGGUCCGCACCAGUUCCCGGAGAAGCUGAUCCCCAAGUUCUUGCUGCUGGCCAUGAGGGGACAGCGCCUGCCCAUCCACGGCGACGGCACCAACGUCCGCAGCUACCUCUACUGCGAGGACGUGGCCGAGGCGUUCGAGGUGGUGCUCCACCGCGGCGAGGUCGGCCACGUCUACAACAUCGGCACAAAGAAGGAGCGCACGGUGAUGGACGUGGCCAGGGACAUCUGCGGCCUCUUCGGCCUCAACGCCGACGAGGCCAUCGAGUUCGUCGACAACCGGCCGUUCAACGACCAGAGGUAUUUUCUGGACGACGAGAAGCUCAAGAGCUUGGGGUGGCGCGAGCGCACGCACUGGGAGGAGGGGCUCCGGAAGACCAUGGAGUGGUACGUGGCCAACCCUGACUACUGGGGGGACGUGUCCGGGGCGCUGCUGCCGCAUCCCAAGGCGGGAGGCGUCAUGCCGGAUCACGGCGGCCGGGGAUCGUCCAAGGAGGUCAAGGGGAUGCUCGAUCGUUUCAUUGUAACUACACCCCAUCAAGACCAAGCAAAGACGACGGUGGUUUCUUCCCCAGCAGCGGCGGCUGGAGGAGCAGAGCAGGAUGAUUCCGGCGCAGCAGCAGCAGCAGCAAUGGCGUACAGCAAUGGCGCCAAAGCCGCCAAUGGAACCACCACCACCGUGCAUUGA